CUCAAAAAAAAAGUAGAGGGCGCGCGGUAUAGACGGCCGCUCUGUCACGGAUUACCCUAUACUUCAACAAUCGUUUCUCUCACGGCGUUUAAUCUGGAAUUUAAUCAACAAUUCAUAAAUCGAAAUAAUCUUGGCUUGAACGGCGGUACUGCUUAGCGACUCGUUAUUUUUCAAGAAAACGAAGCUGAGAACGAGACGCGCGCGAGAUGCGGAAAAGCCAAACGCUGCGGCUUUGUUUAUGUGUGUAGAAAAUAACACAAGAGAAAGAAUCCCUUUGAAUUCGUGUUGAUGAGCAGCCAGUGCAUCAAGGGCUAUAGAAAAAUCCAACGCAGGUUGCUGAAUAAAUCGCAUCCCGGAGGUAAAUCGGUGGCCGAGUUUAACGAAAAGAUCGCCAAAAUUAAUUUCCGUCGCAUUAAAAUCUUUACAUCAAAACUGGAUUAUAACAGAUCCGUUGAUAUUGGCACUCAGCAGGAAAACAACUCGGGAGUAACCAACAAAAUGGUGAAACGCACCGACGGCACAGAGUCCCCCAUACUGGCCGAGGACGGAGGCGACGGGCACGACAAACCGCGAUUGCGCUAUGGAGAACUGGUGAUACUCGGCUACAAUGGUUACUUGCCACAGGGCGAUCGCGGACGACGACGCUCCAAAUUUGUGCUCCACAAGCGGACGGAGGCGAGCGGCGUGAAGCGCUCCAAGCACUACAUUGUCCAAUCGCCCCAGACCUCGAAGGCCAUACUGGAUGCCAAUCAGCAUUCAAUCUCGUACACGCUCUCACGCAGCCAGGCGGUAAUCGUCGAGUACAAGGAGGACACGGAAACGGACAUGUUUCAGGUGGGACGCUCCUCGGAGUCACCGAUUGAUUUCGUCGUAAUGGACACACUGCCCGGUGAUAAGAAGGACGCCAAGGUGAUGCAGAGCACGAUUUCUCGCUUCGCCUGCCGCAUUCUGGUCAACCGCUGUGAGCCCGCCAAGGCGAGAAUAUUCGCCGCAGGCUUUGAUUCGAGCAGAAACAUAUUCCUUGGGGAGAAGGCCACCAAAUGGCAGGACAACGUGGAAAUCGACGGCCUGACCACCAACGGCGUGCUGAUUAUGCAUCCCAAAGGAUCCUUCUGUGGCGGCAGUGCCAAGUGUGGCCUUUGGCGCGAGUGCUCCGUGGGCGGCGACGUCUUCAGCCUCCGCGAGUCGCGUUCGGCACAGCAAAAGGGCCAGCCGAUCUAUGAUGAAUGCAACAUAUUGCAGGACGGCACACUAAUUGAUCUCUGCGGCGCAACUCUGCUCUGGCGUUCCGCCGAGGGCUUGCAACACUCUCCGACCAAACACGAUUUGGAAAAACUUAUCGAUGCCAUCAAUGCUGGUCGCCCACAGUGCCCGGUGGGCCUGAACACACUGGUCAUACCACGAAAAGUUAACAUUAGCGAUCAGGUGAACCAACCUUAUGUGUACUUAAACUGCGGUCAUGUCCAAGGACAUCACGACUGGGGCCAGGACGAGAACACUGGCGCACGCCGCUGUCCCAUGUGCCUGGAACUGGGUCCAGUGGUGACCUUGUGCAUGGGCCUGGAACCGGCCUUCUAUGUGGACGUGGGCGCCCCAACGUUUGCGUUCAAUCCAUGCGGACACAUGGCGACUGAGAAAACUGUCAAAUACUGGGCUAAUGUUGAGAUACCACACGGUACCAACGGAUUUCAGGCUGUCUGUCCGUUCUGUGCGACGCCGUUGGAUGGCGCGACCGGCUACAUUAAAUUAAUUUUCCAGGAUAAUUUAGAUUAAAUAUAAAUAUAAAUGAUAAACAAUUGUAUUUACGUCUAUAUAUAGUCUUGUAGUAAUUGAACGAUGUCCAAGUUUGAAGCAGGCAUUAAAACUAGGCUUUAUUUAUUAUCAUUAAUUAAUAUUUAACAAGAAACCAGAAAACGGAAACAAUUUCUGAAACAAACUGAAUUAAACAAAGAAAGGAAAACAAAUGAUACCCAAGCGAAGGCAAACCAGUUGUAUGUCUCUGUGCGCUUAAGUUUUGCAAAUUUAAUUACCGCUACGUAACUGCUUCAUUAUGUUUAGCAAAUCAAUGCAAUUAAUUAUGAGAAAAUGAUCCCGUUCCCGUCUCUUUGAGCGCUUGCAUGUUAAAGUUUCGUGUUCGGUUUCCUUUACUGUUUAAUGUAAAAAUUAUUUUGAACCAAUUAAUGCAAGCGAUCGCGAACCAACGCAACAGCACACAUAAACAGCGAAAAUGAUAUGAAAAUUGCCUAACUGUAAGAGUUACAACCGAAUGUAUGUAAAUCGCCGAUAUAUAUUUAUAGCCCCGACUGGCAAACAGCAUAAAUUGUGUAUAAUUGUGUAAAAACCAACCAGAUCGAAAGUGUAAUCGUUAAACCUAAUUAUUCGCAAUCUUGCAACCGCCCCAAACAUUGUUACGGGUGAUAGGCAAUCGACCCAUAAACAGCAGCAGCAACAUUUACGUAUUUCUCACCAAAUCUAGAGCUUACAUAUAGAAAGAUCGAUGGGGAGAGACCCCGCCCCAACACAAUUAAAGGCCGCAUUGCAACUUCAGAAAAAUAAACACAUGGUAAAGCAUUAUUCUAAAUAACAAUAACAACAUAAAUUAAACAAAAACAACAAAUCGUGUGAAGAACAUGUACAGUUUCCAAACUCUGUCAACAAAUACGUAUUAACGCGAAUGUUCAUUGAUUCGAACGCAUUUAGUACGGCCCAUAACAGCAUCAUACGUAUAUCUAGAUCUACUAUAUGCUUAGGUUUAAAUAUAUCUACAGCGAUAUGUCUAUGUUGAUAUUCAUUUUCUGCCCCCAAAUCGCAUUAUGCAUUACAAUGUUAGUUAAUCUUACAUCUUAUUUUUAUUAUACUAUACCUUACGAUUAUUUGUAUUAUUAUUUUGUAUGCAUUAAACACGUUUGUGUGUUCAUUGAAUGUUGCACAGUCGUGUGUUAACAAAUCACAACAUUGCGAAACAAAAACAAACAAAAUAGUUUAUAAUAAAUACAAAAUGUAAAAU